AUGUCCAGCUCCAGCACCAUCCUGCUCUUCAUUUACUGGGUGUUGGCGUUCAUCACAAAGUCCAUCAAGCUGUGGCAGUUUGCAGAGUUCUCUGUUGGACCGCGACACCUGAGGUUCUGCAUCACCGCUCUGUUGGUGAUCCUGUAUGGACUCCUGAUGGCCGUGGAGAUCAACGUCAUCCGCGUCAGGAAGUACGUAUUCUUUACCAACCCUCAGAAGGUGAAACCACCAGAGGAUUUACAGGAUUUGGGGGUUCGCUUCCUGCAGCCUUUUGUCAACCUUCUCUCUAAGGCAACAUAUUGGUGGAUGAAUCCUCUCAUUAUCGGAGCCCAUAAGAGGCCAAUAGAGCUGAAGAAGAUCGGCAAGCUGCCCAUCGCUAUGAGAGCCCUCACCAACUACCUGCGACUCAAAGACGCCUAUGAGGAUCAAAGGGACCCGGAUCGAUCCCUGUCUAUCUGGCGUUCCAUGUAUCGAGCGUUUGGCCGUCCCAUCCUGCUCAGCAGCACCUUUCGUUACCUGGCGGACCUGCUAGGCUUCGCUGGACCUCUCUGCAUCUCCGGCAUCGUGCAUAACCUGGAUGCUAAAGAUGAAGUUGCGUCAGCGGACAAGAUGAACGAGAAUGGUUUAAGAGUCUACUUCAUGUUCACCACUGAGCUUCUGAGGAAUAGUUCGGUCCUGGCUGUUCUGCUGUUCUUGGCUUUAGUCCUGCAGAGAACCUUCCUGCAGGCCUCCUACUACGUCACCAUCGAGACGGGCAUCAACCUGCGAGGGGCUCAACUGGUUGGAUGUGGGAAAUCCUCUUUGCUUCUUGCCAUGCUAGGUGAGAUGCAGGCCAUCGAUGGACGGGUCUACUGGAGCAAUAAGAACAGAAACUCUGUGGCCUACGCUGCCCAGAAGUCCUGGCUGCUCAACGCUACAGUGGAGGAAAACAUCACCUUUGGCAGCCCUUUCAACAAACAGAGGUACAAAGCGGUGAUUGAUGCGUGCUCUCUUCAACCGGACAUCGACCUGCUGCCGUACGGAGAUCAAACUGAGAUCGGGGAGAGGGGCAUCAAUCUGAGCGGAGGUCAGAGGCAGAGAAUCUGUGUGGCAAGAGCUCUUUACCAGAACACCAACAUCGUCUUCUUGGACGACCCCUUCUCAGCACUGGACAUCCACCUGAGCGAUCACCUGAUGCAAGAAGGAAUCCUCAAGUUUCUUCAGGACGAUAAGCGAACAGUGGUUCUCGUCACCCACAAGCUGCAGUAUCUCAUACAUGCCGACUGGAUCAUAGCGAUGAAGGAUGGCUCAGUCCUCAGAGAGGGAACCUUGAAAGACAUUCAGACUCAUGACACAGAACUUUAUGACCACUGGAAGACUCUGAUGAACAGACAGGACCAGGAGCUGGAGAAGGACAUUCAGCAGGACAGUCAAACAACACUUGAAAGGAAAACACUGAGGAGAGCAUUCUACUCCAGAGAGCCCAAGAAUCAAAUAGAUGAUGAAGAUGAAGAAGAAGAAGAGGAAGAAGAAGUGUGCUGGUGUUACCUAUCCUCUGGUGGAUUCUUCAUGGUCUUCCUGAUGGUUUCUUCACAACUCCUGAAACACUCAGUCAUUGUUACCAUUGAUUACUGGCUGGCUAAGUGGACCUCCAAAACCAAUCAGAGUACAAACCUGGGAACCGAUGUGAACAAUGGAACCAUAUUUGCUGACAGCAGUAACACAACAAUUCCUCCUUCUGCUUUUUCGGAGGACGGGAGUGACUCAUACCAUCUGCCUGUUUUUGUCAUCCUGUGUGCUGCUGGAAUCACUUUGUGCCUCAUCACCUCCCUCUCUGUGGAGUUUCUGGGUCUUUCUGCAGCCACCAACCUGCAUCACAACCUGCUUAACAAGAUCAUUCACGCUCCCAUCAGGUAA